AUGACAAAAAGCUACCAACCACCCUUGCCUCUCGUUGCAUUCAGCGGUGAACUACACACACCGUGCUUCAAGAUGUUCAACAACGCUCGCUAUGUUCAUAUUGAAAACAGUGCGAUUAACUUCGCGAUGCAGACGCAUGGAACGCUAGGUCUGCAACUCUUGCUCCAAAAGACUACCGCUGGGGCAACUCAUGACUCUGCCCUGCUCGAAUCGCAUGCCCCAUGCCACCCCAUGACCCGCAAAAUGGUCCUACAGCGCAUAAUGGACUGGGUCAGCGCCGCUGAACAUCAAUCAGACAUCCUCUGGCUGCGCGGCCCAGCAGGUGCCGGGAAGACCUCUAUCUCGAAAGCCAUCUGCUCGUCAUGCCGUGAAGUAGGUGUCCUCGGCGGCAGCUUCUUCUUUCUGCGCAACGUCCAGCAGCUCAACAACCCUCGGGGUCUGGUCACGACGCUUGCUUAUCAGCUUGCCGUUGCCUUCCCAGAGUUGGCCGAACGGAUCAACGAGGUUCUAGGGCAAGAUCCCUCUAUCCUCGACAAGACGAUGGAGCAACAGCUCCAGAAACUGGUCAUCGAGCCCGCGCUGGCGGUCGACUUUGCAAGGAGCCACCGUCGCGUGGUCUUCGUCGUCGAUGGGUUGGACGAAUGCGUGUCCGAGGAGGCGCAGUACCAGAUAAUUCGACUCAUCAGCUCCGUCUUCAAACACGAUCGAGUUCCGUUUUGCUUCGUCAUCGCGAGCCGUCCUGAACCGUGGAUCCGAGAAGAGUUCGAGUCCGACAUCUUCAAGCACAAUCUGCAGCAAGUGUCGCUCGAGCAAUCCGACGAUGCUGAUCAAGACAUCCGCACUUUCCUCACCCACGAGUUCGUCAGCAUAUACGAGAGUCCCAGACACGCAUAUAGCAUGUCAGGCAUUGCGAAACAAUGGCCCUCUCCUGAAGACAUCAACGUGCUCGUCCAUAGGGCGUCCGGGCAGUUCAUCUAUGCUGUGACGGUGCUGAGGUUCGUGGACGACCCUAAUUAUUACCCACCCGAUCGCCUACGACUGGUCCUCGACAUCCCUUUGACGACGACGCCUUACAACCCCCUCGCCGAGCUCGAUAAGUUGUACAUGCAGAUAAUGGGGACGUGUGUGGACAAGAAGCAGACGCUUGACGUGCUCGCUACCCUCCUCACCAUGUUGACAUUGCGACAAACGUCAACACUGGAGACACCGUUCGUGUGGUUUCCGCGCCUUGAAUUGCUGGAUGUCGCAGGGUCUCUGCUGGGUCUCGGGCCAAACGAGGCCUAUCGAUCAUUGAGGAUGAUUCAUUCUUUGGUCAAAAUUUCGCCCCUGUCGAGUGAGGAGCGCGAGAAGGCGUCGUUCGAUGCUGGGUACUGGCACGAAACAAUCAACAGGCCAGAUGCGAUAGCUUUUCAUCAUAAAUCGUUCCCUGAUUUUCUGCUCGAUUGGAGGAGGUCAGGGUGUUGCUUCAUUGAUAUGGAUUCAACGCAUCGACGUACCGGUCUGGCCUGUCUGCAUAUCAUGAAAGACUUGUCCUCGAAGCAUCCGUCGCGGAUCAACUAUGUGGCAUGGGGUUAUGCACUUCUCUAUUGGCAUCGCCACUUCUGUGCUUCGGGGCCCCCAUGA